AUGGGUUGGUUCUGGGGCUCCUCUGACGAUGCGAACAAAGAUGCCCUCCGCGACCUCGACCCAAGCCUGCGAGACUUCCUGAAGAAAGAAUCACCCGUCAAAUACGAUACCUCCAACCCGCCAGCAACACCACAACAUCGCGCUCAAGCACCAGAACCCAAUGCAGGGCACCCUAUAUCCAAACCAGAUGAAAAUGCGCCCCCAGAAGUCCCAAAAGCAAGCUUGUUCCAAGAUGGACGGUACGCGCAUCUAUGGAAGACUUACCGGCCGCAGGCGGAGGUAGAGGCAGAGGGCAAAUCAGACCAAGAGAAGAUGAUGGAUAUCCUCGAAGGCUACCAGCACAGGAGGGCAGAAAUAGGAAGGGUGGCAUUGGAGAACUGCGUGAUGGAACAAAUUGAAGUUAGCGAUUGCUUCACAAAGGGCGGCUGGUCGGCGAAGACCAGUAUGUGUAGAAAUGAGAACAAGAAGUUUGAGAGGUGUUAUAUGAUGCAAGCAAAAUUCCUGAAAGCAUUAGGCUACCUAUCAACCUACGACCGACCUUCAGACGUCGACGAGAAGAUCCAAAUGCAUGCCGAUACCCUAUACCACCGCAUGCUGGCACAAGAAAAGGCAAUUGAAGAGGCGAAGACCGAAGGGAGACCAGUACCCGCCUUCCCUCCACUACUAUCCUCAAGACCUAAGCUCGGCGAGCCGGCAAACGAAUAUACACCAGCGAGAGUGCAUCCCAUUGAGAUAUCAGAUCUACGAACCAAGGUGCAGAAACCACUGAAUAAGAAAUUAGAUACCAUGGAAGGCGAGCAGCGGGAGUUGGAGGAGCGCGCCAUCAAGGCGGAGAUAGAAGCUGGUACACAAGUGGCGGAGAGACUGGAUGUGCUACAUCAGCAGCAGGACGAGGCGCGGCAGAAGAGGAGGGAACAGGGCAAGGAGACUUUGGGAGAUAAGGUCUUUUCGAUCUUCCGGGGGAAAUGA